AGUAUGCCUCUCCCGCGAAGCUAAUCACGUAUUUCAUCGUGAAUAGCGAGAGCACUUGACAACAUGCUGCGACUAGCUAACAGGCGCCGCCAAUGAGGAAUUCCGUCUUGAAAGAGUUGUACAUUGCUAUCGUUAAGGGGCUCUUGCUGCUAGCCUUCUUCCGCUUCUCGAAGUUCUCCAAGUAUGCUAAAAGGACCCCAAACGAAGCUCGUAGGCGGCGAAGCGCAUGUAUUAUACUGCAUCACUACGAAAGACUAGCGUCCACUACUACGACUAUUUUUAUAAGGGUUGCGAAUCAGAACAGUCGACUAAGCCCGAAGGCUGUCCUACGUUCGGCAUUGUACGCUCUUGUAGUAUACGUGUUUGCAGCAUAGGCAGAGGCGCCCGUACGCGACUUCGGAACAGUAUAAGACUAGGUAGAAG